CCCAUUUGCUUUCUCGCUGCAAGUGCGCACCCACCUGACCCUCUCCGUCCCAUUCAUCACCACCAUCACCGUGGCAAUGGUAAUGUCGAUGUUGCCUUACACCUACCCAUUGGCUCUGCUCGUCGUCCUCGUCGUCCUCGGUGUUGCCGCCCCCCCUGCACUUGUCCGGUCGGACCCAGAGCCUGGGCCGAGCGUGGAAGCCAUCAACGCCACAUGUGCAACCGCUUCUUCCCAGGUAUAUUGCAGACAGUUGUUGUUAGACAACCUGGACGUGAGGACGCCGGAGGUGAAGGACGUGAUCGGGAUGUCGGUCCAAGUGGCGGCCAAGAAGGCGGCGGAGGCGGCCGCAGUCUACAAGGCCAACAAGAACCCCUCCAAGUGCAUCGCGGGCUGCAUCCACGACCUGGCCGUGCUCACCAAGAUGAUCGAUGCAGUCCGGGACCCGGCGGUGCUCAAAACCGCCAAGGACGCGGGCUAUGAUGAGUUCGAUUCCAGGAACAAGAAAUGCGGAAAUGAUUGCACCAUCGACAUGUCAAACCAAGAACGCGCCGACCAGAUGGCGUUCGUCUUUGCGGAAGGAGCUCUGCACGUCACCGAUGACCUCUUGAAGAGGAGGGCCUUCUUCAACCAGAAAAAGGCAUGAAUGUUUCCAAGAAGAACACAACUCAAGGCCCAAGGAUCAUCUCAAGUCUGAAAUCUGAAGAGGAGGAUCGAUGCAUGCAUGCAUGCCGUGAUCGAUUUAUUUUGCAUUUUUUGAUUUUUUAUAACAAUGGAUCAAUGCCAAUUAAUGUUUGCAAGAAUCUUGCAUGAAUGGCCUUCGACCGCUCCAUGGCUGCUUUCUAAAUUGGAGCCCAUCGGUUUCCACUUGUUUCUUGUAAUAACUUAAAUAGUGGCCACUGGAUGCCGUGCGCGGGUUAGCAUUUUAUAAAUAAAGUUCGA